GAAGAAAAAGUAGGAAGUUGAAGGGUAAAAACAUGGCAGCGAGCAUCAGUUGUAUAAAUCACGCAGUGUCGUGCGUGAAACCUUCGCUGUUCUUCACCGUUCAGCGCAACACGUCCCCGGUCGGCGCGUGCGCUCGGCGGGCGGCGGAAAUUCGGAGUGUUCGAGCCGCGGCAAGCGCUACUGCGGAAGUUCAGCACAAUGAGAAGUUCUGCUUAGAAUUGGUCAGGUCCAGGGACUACGAGGGCUUUGUGUGCUCCCUCCUGCUACCAGAAGCGGCACGACGCUCCGCCUUGGCUUUGCGAGCCUUCAAUGUAGAACUAGCCCAGGUGAAGGACUCGGUCUCUCAGAAGUCUCUCGGUCUGAUGCGAAUGGAGUUCUGGAAGACGACGAUCGAAGAAAUCUACAGAGACAAACCACCAAAGCAGCCGGUCAGCAUGGAGCUGUGGAAGGCCGUGAAGAAGCAUAACCUGACCAAAAGAUGGCUGACAAGGAUGAUAGCAGAAAGAGAAAAGGAUCUGGAUGACAGAGGCUACCGCAACCUUCAGGAGCUGGAGUCCUACGCCGAGAACACGCAGUCUUCACUCUUGUACCUGCUGCUUGAGUCUCUAGGUAUUAAGGACGUCCACGCAGAUCACGCGGCCAGUCACGUGGGCAAGGCUCACGGCAUCGUGACGUGUUUGAGGGCCACCCCUCAUCACAGCGUCCGCCGCAGAGUUUACUUGCCCGUGGACAUCUGCAUUUUGCACAGGGCUUCGCAGGAGGACUUUAUCCGCGGCAGCCGGGAGCAGAACAUCCGGGACGUGGUGUACGACGUCGCCAGUCAGGCUCACGUUCAUCUGGAACACGCACGUUCGUUCCGCCCCAGCGUCCCGGCAGCUGCGACGCCGGCUUUCCUCCACAUGGUGGUGCUGGAGGACUUCCUGCAGAGGGUGAGGAAGGCGGACUUUGACAUCUUCCAUCCGAGCCUGCAGAAAAGAAACCCCCUACUCGCCAUCCAGCUUUACCUGCGUUCCUGGAAGAAAACCUACUGAAGGCCCUCAAAGGCUUUUUUUUUUUCUUCCAAGAGACUUCUGAGCAGAAAACACACACAAAAAGCAAAAAGUAGACCUAAAGAAAUGGACAUUUACAGCUUCUUCUAGAAAAUAAAAAAAAUAAAAGUGAGAAAA